GUUUUCUAUACUGAAUGAGGUGACCGGCGGUCAACUUGUUAAGCCGUUCUGUGGAGUCUCUCGGUGUCGCAUUCGGAUUCGAAGAUGUACGUAGGUGUCGUGAAACAAAAUACUGUUUGUAUGUACUGGAACCACUACUACAUAAGAGAGGGAUCACUGUCCUUUUCAGACUUGAUCAUACUAUUAUUCCACUCAUACCAUUACCACUUCAAUCUACAAUCAUCAACUCUUCACAGCCAACAAUGCCUCAGAACAAAGCUGCCUGGAUCACCUCGCCUGGUGCUCAUCCCUUUGUAGUCAAAGAAGCACCGUACCCAAGCGCUGGACCUGGAGAAGUGGUCAUUAAGAAUGCGGCUAUUGCUAUUAACCCCGUGGAAUGGAAGAUCCAAUACCACAGCGAUGAACACAAAUACGUAUACAACUACCCGUUCAUCCUCGGUUCAGACUGCGCUGGUACAGUCGAAGAUGUCGGUGAAGGGGUAACGAGAUUCGCAAAGGGGGAUAGGGUUAUUGCAUUCUGUCCCUCACUUCCUACCAACAAUACCGCACAAUCCGCCUUCCAACACUACACCCUCGUUCCAGCCACCCACGCCAUCUCCAUCCCCGCUUCCCUCACCUUCAAAAAUGGCGUCGUACUACCUCUCGCCCUCGCAACCGCUGCAUCUGGUCUUUACCCGCCCAAUCUACUCAAUCUACCUCUACCGACUACUCCGCCACGCAAGACAGAGUUGAAGAAGACGGUGCUAAUCUGGGGUGGUUCCUCCUCUGUCGGCCUCGCUGCGAUCCAACUCGCUGUCGCAUCCGGUCUCCGCGUCAUCGCGACAUGCUCCCCGGCUAAUUUCGAAUUGGUGAAGAGCGUGGGUGCGGAAGAGGUGUUUGAUUAUAGGUCUGCGUCUGCAGCGAGCGAUAUCGUGGCUUCACUCCAGCAACCCGACACCGAAUUCGCCGGUGUGUACGACGCCAUCUCUGAAUCCUCUAGCUUCAGCAUGGUAAAAUCCAUUGUCGAAACCCUCCAAAGCAAGGCGCCCAUAGCAGUCGUUAUGCCGUGUGCAGCGGACAUGGCAUCAGAGUGCAUAUUGGGGAAUACAUCUUUGGCGAGUUUCUCCCUGAAGCACUUGAGAAGGGGGUAAUGCAGGCUAAGCCCGAUGCUGAGGUUGUGGGGAAAGGGCUGGAGAGCGUGCAGCAUGGUGUAGAUGUGUUGAAGAAGGGAGUCAGUGCGAAGAAGAUUGUUGUG